UAAGGCAGACUGCCUCCAGCCCCUCUCGCUGCUCUGAUUUUCUGGGUGCUCUGAUUUUCUGGGAGUCUGCUGAUCCUCCUGCUCCUCUGAGAUGCUGCUGGGCCUCGGCUCCUGUUGCAACACCACAGGUGCCACCCGGCUUCUGCUCUCCCUCCCACUCUGAAACUGCCAGCAAUUGCUCUCGCUUCCCUCCCCAUCCCACCUGGAUCCAGCCCAGCUCCACGGUGCUGGGAUUUUCCCUGGGGUUUGUGACCUCCUGGUGUGGAUUUGUCAGCGUCAUCACAGGCUGAGCCUUGAGCUGGAGACCACGGCAUCGCCCAGCUCCCUCCAUGCCUCCACAGCCAGCAGCAUCUUCAGCAUCCGGCCCCCGCAGCCUCGGGAGAACGUCCUCGGCAUCAGCUUCAAGCCCUACAGCCCCGAUUCCAUCCCGGCCCCGGUCCCGUGCGCAGCCUGUGAGAGCACACGAUCCUCCAUGUUCAGAGCUCCCUGCAUGAGCCAGCGGCGGCUCGCGCUCAUCUUCUGCGUCUCCGUCCUCAUCGUGCUGAUCGUCGCCCUCAUCCUGCUGUUUAUGUUCUGGCGGUCGCAGACCGGCAUCGUGUACAAGGAGCCCGCCGAGACCUGCAAGGACAACCCCGUGCGCUGUGACGGCGUGGUGGACUGCUCCCAGAGGAGCGACGAGCUGGGCUGCGUGCGGUUCAGCUCCGACCAGUCCUUGCUCCACGUUUACUCCAGCGCUGAGAGCCAGUGGCUGCCGGUGUGCAGCAGCACCUGGGACGAGUCCUUCUCUAGAAAGACCUGCCGGCAGCUGGGCUUCCAGAACGCGUCGCAGACAGAAUACAUCCCCCUGCACAUCUCUGGCAAGAGCCUCACGGUGACGGAUGAGCGGGACACCAUCCAGCAGAGCCUCAACAGCUCCCAGUGUCUGACAGGGAAAUUCGUCUCCCUGCGGUGUACAACUUGUGGGCAGAGGAUUUCAGGCCGAAUCAUCGGAGGGAAGGAAACCUCGGUGAGCAAAUGGCCCUGGCAGGUCAGCGUGCAGUACGGGCCUGUCCACAUCUGCGGCGGCACCAUCAUCGAUGCGCAGUGGGUGCUCACCGCCGCGCACUGCUUCUUCAUGAACAGCAUGAAGAUCCUCGAUGACUGGAAGGUGUACGGCGGGGUGUCAGACCUCAAGCAGCCCAUGGAGGGCAUCCCCGUCUCCCAGGUCAUCAUCAACUCCAACUACAGCGAUGACCAUGAUGACUAUGACAUUGCUCUCAUGAAGCUCUCCCGACCGCUGACGCUCUCAGCUCAGGUUCGACCUGCCUGCCUCCCCAUGCACGGCCAGCGGUUCCAGACCGGCAGGUCCUGCUUCAUCACCGGCUUUGGGAAGACCAGGGAGAACGAAGCUCUGCAGAAGGUGUGCGAGAAGCAGCAGCUUGCUCCCUCCUACAGCGGGGGGCCGAGGCUGGCCCUGCCCGACGGCUCCUCCUGCCUUGCAGAUAACACCUCCCCAAAGCUGAGGGAGGCAGAAGUCAAACUCAUCGACUACAAGAUCUGCAACAGUGACAAGGUGUACGAGGGCUACCUGACCCCGCGCAUGAUGUGCGCUGGGUACCUGCAGGGGGGGAAGGAUGCGUGCCAGGGGGACAGCGGGGGGCCCCUGGUGUGUGAGGACAACGGCCGCUGGUACGUGGCUGGCGUGACGAGCUGGGGGACAGGAUGCGGCCAGAAGAACAAGCCUGGGGUUUACACGCGUGUGACGAAACUCCUUGGCUGGAUCUACAGCAAAAUGGAGAGCGAGAACAACUGAAGCCAGGCUGGAACCUGUGCAGCAGCACCGGCUGGCACCGGCCCCUCGCUCCCCCUGUCACCAGGGCACGGUGUAUCAGCUGCUGUCCCUGCUCCUCCGGGCUGCUCAUGCAAUUGGGGACCUGCAGCUGCCUGGACUGCGACAACGCAGCACCUGCAGAACACCUCUGUCCUGCUGAGGACAUGGAGAUGUCUCUGUCCGGGCCUCAGUCUGUGCUGGAUGUGCCCACUUGGAGCUGCCGUCUCAGCUGUGGCCCCUGGCCUGCAAACAGAGUUGCCAGGACCAUGUGUCCUUGAAUGUGGGCACAGCCAGAAGAUGUGGGGCUGCUGCCCAUCCCUGCAACUGGAAGCCAGGAGCAGAAAGCUGCAGGUGCCUGUGGUGAGUGAGCCCCUUCCUCUGCUCGCUGCGGGGACAGCCGAGCAAAGGGGAGCCCCAUGGGGCAGCUGAAGCACCUGCUGGGAGGAGGAACGGUGGUUGCUCUCACAUUUGCAUAUGGAUUUAGGAAGUGUCUUUCAAAUGAAGUGCUUCCCCAGCAGAGAAACACCCAUUUAUUUAUUUUUCUAUGCCCUGGAAGCACACACUACUGGGACUUUGCGCAGCCACUCUCAGCUCCCUGCCUGCCCUGUUGGGCAGCAGCGCAGGGCUGUUCUGCUCCUGGGGGCAGCAGGGCCAUUCUGUGACACGUGACAGAAGCCAGCAGCAGAUAUAGAGUAGCACCCAGCCCCAUGUUAGCCCCAGCAUCUCCCAGCUCCAUGGCCAGUGCCAGGUGCCAGAUUUGUCUCAGCGCUGCAUGCAGUCCAUAGAGGACGCACAGAUGUCUCAGAGCAGACGUGUCGAGGUGUGUGCACACUGGAUGGAGGCAGGCUGCUGCUCUGCUGAGGCUGUACCCGGAGCUGCAGGGGGUCCUGGUGCUCCUGGCUGCCCCACACUGUUCUCAAUAAAUGUUUCAGUAGUGCUCUGUGGAGAUGGUUCUUUGGGAGCCGCUGAGCCCCAGGAGCUGGGAGCCCUGUGAUGAGCAGAUGCCUCUGCAGCAUCCCCAGCUGCGGGGGCUGAAGCUCUUAGCCAGGGCUCAGCAGCACUCUCUGAAAUAGGCUGCCCUGCAUCCCUCCCAGAGCCCUGCCUCUCCUUCCUGACCCCCAGUAGAUGUGCUGCAGCACAUCCCACAGGGCUCCCUGACUGCUGUACAUGCAGGUGUGCAGACAGGGCUCCCUCUGGGCUGGACUGCCUGUUUCCUAACCCACAGCGCUGCCGCUGGGACUCGGGCAACAAGUGUCCCUUUGUGAGGGGGGAAGGCUCUGGAAGUUUCUGGAUGUUGCUCUCCCCAGCUGUGUGCAGGCAGCACCUGCAAAGCUGAUGAUGCACGGGCUGCUGCAGGCAACUUGCUGCCCCACCUCACUUCCCAGAGCUCGCUGUAUGAAAAAGGCCAUGGUUUGCCAUUGAAUUUUGGGAUAGCAGCUCUGCUCUGGCUGUAGAAAGGACCCUCAGACCAGAGCUGUGGGCCAGGCGGUGCUCGGCGGCUGCUCUCCACAAUGUGAUCAGCUGCCUUUUGGGAAGCACUGAGUCAGCCCGACCUCAAGGAGCUUUUCUAAGAAGCUUUGCAGAAACCUCCCACGGCCGUGAGCCUCCUUCAAAGGGAGCGUGUGGGGGCCAAGGGAUGGUUUGGUUUCUCUUUACGACGUCUCUGAGGCUCAGGAAGGGGAGGGACCUGCAGAACCUGGUGAUUUGGGUUCCCUGGGCUGGGCAGGGUGUGCACGGUGUGCGUGGAGCUGGAGCUGCCGUGUUGCAUCCAACAGCUGCUGCUGUUUGGAUAGCACUGAAAACCACAGUUAAAACCACAGCUAAAAACAGAGGCUGGGGAAAAAAUGCUCCUUUUUCGGUCUUUGCUGGCUGUAGGUUAUGGAAAGCAGUGGUUUUUCAUGACAGAUGAGAUGGGAUUGGAGUAGGGCCCCCGCAUGACUCCCCUGUUUAAUGCAGGGAAUUCAAUGGGUUUUGAGUUACAGAUCCGGCACGCAUUUGUACAAAGGCUCUCUGGGAUCUCUGUGUUCCUCAGAGUGUGCAGCCCAUAAUGUUUUAUUGCCACCUGAGACGGCGUGCUGGAGAAACAGAUCUUUUGAAAAAGAAAAACAAAAAUUGGAGGCCAAUAAGGGCUGAUCUUUUUGGAACUGUAUUCCUGGUAAUGGGGCCAUUUCAGUGCGCAGAGGAACUGCACCUCUGCUAUGGAUUUCAUCUCCUCGCAGGUUAUUGCUCUCCUGCCCUCUGAAAUAGCCUCUCAAAGCAGAGAAGUGAUUGCAGACCCUAAUACAAAUUUAAUUUAUUUCUUCCAAACCUGACAGCCAGUGGUCCAAGCUCCAGAAAGCUGUGCUGUUUUCCCCCAAGGGCUGAAGUUUUCUAACCAGAUUAAAAGUGAUUAGUUUCUCAUGCAGCUGCCUGGCUGUGGCUUUUAUGCUCUGCUCUUCCCAGUGAAAACACAGCUCAGAUGCAGCAGAUGCUGUGGGCACAGCGUCACCUCCAGCACUGGGACACCUGAGCAAAGCAGCCCUGCUCCCAUUGCCCCCAGCUGGCACAGGGCAGUGGGUGAAGCAUCUCAUGCCCUGCUUUGGGAUGAUCCCAUUCAUUUUGCUGUUUUUCUGGGAGCCCCCGGCUCUUCUGCUGCUGCCCCUCUGCUCUCAGCACUGUUUGCUCCUCUCUGUCUUCCAGCCCACAUCUGGCCAGGCUGCUUCCACAUUCCUCUGCGCUUUGAAAAUCAUCCCCCAGGAAUGGAGAUUACAAAAACACAGUCUGACUGGCACCAUAUGAAUCACCACCCAAUUAGUGCUGUUUUUCCCAAACUUUCCUUUUAGAGCUCUCUGUUUAGUUGUGUCCAAAUGGAUUUGUUUAUGUGGUUUCAGAGGUGAUGUUUCUUCUCAAAAAUGUUUUUCCCAUAGCUUUGGAUUGGUUCCCUCCCACGGUUGGCAUCAUCUCUUGGCACGGCAUCGCCGAACUUCAGCUUGGGCAAUACAGAGCUGCUGUUGAACACAGGCUUUGCCAGCUUUAAUGCAGCCUGCUGCCUCCUUGGUUCCUCCCAAGCACAAGGAACGGCUUAGGCCCAAUGAAAGAGGAUGUUACUGGGUUAAAAGCAGCCAUGUGGCUCUGCACAGCCUUCCCCUUUGUCGCUGCUCAGCUCUCCAGUGGCCCCGAGCAGGAUCAGGAAGAGUUUGCAAAUGUUUUCAGGCUUGGUGUUAGGAAGCAGGGAGGUCUGAUGGCUCUGCUCUGAGCUUGGGGUGUGGACAGAACCCUCCCCUUCCUCCAGCACUGCCAGGCAGCUCCAGCCGUGUCCCAAUCCCCUGCAAACCAGGGUUAAGUUCUCAGACCACAGCAAACUGCUUUGCUCUGAGGCUCCUGGGACGGGAUGCCUGCUGCCUGCCCAGAGCCUCAGCACAGCUAAAAUUAACACAGGGCUGCUGGGAAAAGACACACAGCGUGCAGGGCUGCGGGUGGCAAAGCGGGGAGCGCUGCUGGGGGGCCGCAUUUUGGGGCAGUGCUGCUCAGUGACAGCGCUUUGCAAGCAAGGAAAGUCUGAGCUCAUGGGGAAUGCGUGGCACUGAGGCCCCAUUGUAUGCUGUUAAAUCGAAGGCCAGCUGCAUGCGGGGCUCCCAGCUGCUCUGCUGCCCCUUCCCGCAGCUCCCACGUCCGUCCUGGGCUGCUGACCCAUGCUGCAUCACAGAUGAAACAUCAGCGCCGUCACUCGGAGCGUUGUCUGCAUGAGAUGGAGAAAUGGCCAAAACCCCGAGAAGGAUCUUCAAUCAGAGGGGAAAGUUCAAGAGACCAAGUGGCUCCUUCCUGCUCUCUGGGAGGACGCCCGCUUGUGCUGCUCCCUUCCGAUGUUCCCUGCUGAGAUGAAGUCAUGUCCUUGUGGAGCUGCUGACACUGCUCUGCUGACUCCAACAGCACCAGGAGCUCAGCUCAGCUCUGCCCCUUCGUUACCAUAAAUCAGCAUAGCCUCCCCUGCACUGACAAAAGGGUCGACCCCAAAGAAGUCGUUGCUCCCCCAGACUCUCCUGCUCCGUGAGCACUCUUGCUGCUACAGCCAGAGGAGCUGCUCAUGUGCACAACGCUCUCAUAUCACCUGAGUUUAGGCAGCAAAAAGCCUAUGGUGCCAAUUUUUAAUUGUGCUCACUUUGGACAAUGCUUUGAGUAUUUCUGGAAUAAAGAAACCCAGUGAAGGAGAAAGCACAGAAGCCCAGUGCUGUGGGAGCUGCAGCCUGCCUGCAUCUCUCAGCCGAUGCAAACACCUCCACAGAUACCCACCAGCCUCAUUGCAGCUCCCAGGCACAGCCAUGGCAUUCAAAUAUUUCACUGUGCGCAAAGGAUAACAGCUGAGGGCUGCAGAAAGUCAGAGGAGCCCCAAACCUGAUUAUGGCCGCUUGGUCCCUGCCUCACUUACCACAGCGUGAUGGAGAGCCUUGUCAUGUUAUCCCAAUGCAUUAGGAGAUGUGAUGUUGUCCAGCUCCUCUGUGCUGGCCUCUAUCUCUUGACCCUUCUGUGUAAUUGCCUUGAAAUGCUGGGACUGCUUUUAUAUUUUACUGGAAACUGGAAAAUUAAUGCAAAGUGG